UUGCCGCUUCGGGAACUUGCACGACUACUUGUGGCGCUGCAGGUCAAAGUUCGUCGACGAAUUGAAUACCGACUCCGAGAAAAUCCAUGAAUUCCAUGCUGAUGCUGACCCGAUCAACGUUGAAACGAAUAGUACAAACUCGGCACUGCGUCAGAAUGAUACCACUUCGUUUGUGGAAGAUUCAUGUGACAGCAACGAUCAUCCAGGUACCAGUACAAGGGCGGAAGAUUUGGCCACCGACAGCAACUCGCAAUCACCGGAAAUUAAACCAUCGUCCAAGUACCCGGGUGAUUUCACGAAUGCGGAAUUGGAUCCGGUUCGCACGAAAGACUUGGUGUCUUGGGCUUGGCAGAUUUCCCGCGGCAUGCAAUAUCUUUCGGCUAAAAAGGUGCUGCACGGUGACUUGGCAGCCAGGAACGUACUGCUUUCCGAAGACAACAUCGUCAAGAUAUGUGACUUUGGCUUGUCCAAAUCCCUCCAGGAAGACGACAGUUGCAAGGACGAGGGAAACGACCCUCUUCCCGUAAAGUGGAUGGCCAUCGAAUCGCUCAAAGACGGAAUAUUUUCGGUAAAAUCGGACGUCUGGUCGUUCGGGGUCGUUUUGUGGGAAUUAUUCUCGCUCGCCAAAACUCCUUACCCCGAAGUGAACCCCGAAAACAUGUGCAAAACACUUAUCGAUGGUUAUCGCAUGAAGCAACCUAAGUACGCACCCAAAAGCAUUUAUCGGAUGAUGCUGCAAUGUUGGAAAGCAAAUCCAUCAGAUCGACCCUCUUUCGUUGAUCUUGAGAGCAGUAUCGGUGAUCUAAUAGAGGACGAAGUGAGAAUGCAUUACAUCGAGUUGUACAGUCGACGUUACAAGACGUACACCGAAAUCACGGAAUUCCGGAAUACAAGGACCCCCGAGAAUCAUGAUCCAAGCAUCCUACAGGAACCAAGCGAACCGCAUGAUUGACGUUUUAUUACCCAGGCUUUAGAUAAUAAAUUCAUUCGGUCAACAAAUGCAAUUUCUUACAAACUUCGCCUAACCAACUUUCACUAAAACUUCAAGAACCUAUCUUUACCCUUCUCACGAUGAUUUUACCAAACUUUUUCUGACUUCGGUGGAUCGUAUACUGAGAGAAAUUUUUAGUUCCGGUUACCGCUCAGUCGUUGACUAUUUUCAUUUUUUACCACAAUCGAAAAAUAUAGUUCUGGGUAGGAAAUGAAAAUUAGUUUUAUAUCUGU